AUGAUUAUCGACAAACCGCUCACCUCAGCCCCGGCACGCCUGCAACGGAUGCUUAUACAACUCCAGGGAUACAACUUCAGGCUCACCUACAACAAGGGAUCUGACAACAUCUUGGCUGACGGACUAUCACGCUUACCAUCACCCGGUAAUUCAGACCCUAUCGAGCUUGAUGUCCGGGUUGAUACUGUCCGUUUCUCUAGUGAUCGUAUUGAACAACUGAGAAACUGCACAACAGCGGAUCCUUUGCUCAACCAGCUGAGAGAGACCAUCAUCACUGGAUGGCCAGAGACAAUCAAGCAGCUGCCCACUGACAUCAGAGUGUUCUGGGGUCUAAGAGACCAGCUCUCAAUUGAUGAUGGUCUUAUCCUCAAAGGACAACAAAUCGUCAUUCCCCAGACACUUCAAGAAGACAUCCUAAAGCAGCUUCAUACAGCUCACUUAGGACAGGAGAAAACAAAACUCCUCGCCAAGGACACGGUCUACUGGGUAAACAUAAACAGAGACAUCGAGCAGUUCACAAAGUCAUGCAGCAUCUGCCAACAGCAUCAGCCAUCCCAAAUGCAAGAGCCCCUUAUGCAACAUGACAUCCCAACAAAGCCAUGGGACAUAGUUGGCACAGACCUGUUUGAUCUCCAUGGAAGUCAAUGGCUGAUCAUAGCCGACUAUUACUCCAAGUACCCUGUAGUCAAACACCUACCUGCUCACUCACCAAGCAGUGUUAUAGUAAACACCACACGCCAAGUCUUUGCAGAGUUUGGCAUACCAUCAAAGGUAGUCAGUGACAAUGGACCACACUUCUCAAGUCACCUCUACCGUGAAUUCGCCAAAGAAUGGGGUUUCCACCAUGAGACCACUUCACCUCGGAGACCGCAAGGAAAUGGUUUCAUAGAACGGCAGAUAAGAACUGUCAAGAACAUCCUCAAAAAAGCCAAGCAGUCGGGAACAAUGCCUGAAAUUGUGCUGCUGCACUGGCGCUGUACUCCAAUUUCAAGCGUCAUACCAAGUCCUGCACAACUACUCAUGGGUAGACGAAUCCAAUCUCCACUGAUUACCAAAAUCAGAAACGAUCACCGAGAUCAGGAUCAAAUAUAUAGUGCAAUUCAACAACGUCAAGAAAACCAAAAGAGGUACUUCGACCGACAUGCACUCAAGGAGGAACUACCACCCCUGUACCGUGGCCAAAGGGUAAGGGUACAAAACCCUAUGUCUGGAAGCUGGGACCCAGCGACUGUAGUAUCCCAGGCAGAUGGUCACCGCUCCUAUCUCCUGGAGAAUGUCAAUGGGUAUGUGCUGCGAAGAAACCGGCAACACAUAAGAAGCAUCCCAGUGGCGCCUGACUCACAACUGUCGCAAGACGUCUCGAAAACAGCCUCACAGAAAUGUGUGACUUUUGUGGAUCCACCUGUGUGUGCGAUCCCAACCAUGCCAAAUAACCCUCAAAAGCGUACCCGUAGUGGUAGGAUGGUGCGACCACCAUCAAAGAUGAACUUAUGA